GGUAUGAUGACUGACUUCCCAUUCCUGGAGCUGUGGCAGUCCAAGGAGGUGUCCAUCCAUGAGCAGCUGGGCAUUGGGGUCCAACCCAAUGACUCCUACUGCUACAGGUCAGCCCAAAACAGCACAGUGCUCCAGGGGGUCACCUUUGGCGGCAUCCCCACUGUCCUGCUCAUAGAUGUCAUCUGCUUCCUGAUUUUAAUACUAAUGUUUUCCUUCAUAAGAAGACGAUGCUGGGAUUAUGGCCGCAUUGCUUUGGUAUCAUCAGAAACAGAGAGUACAUCCAGAUUCCAAAGGCUGUCAUCUUCCUCCUCAGGGCAACAUGACUUUGAAAAUGAACUGGGAUGCUGCCCCUGGCUGACUGCCAUCUUCCACCUGACUAAUGAGCAGAUCCUAGAGUGGUGUGGAGAAGACGCCAUCCACUACCUGUCCUUCCAGAGGCACAUCAUCUGCCUGAUGGUGGUGGUCACCUUCCUGUCCCUGGGCGUCAUCCUGCCCGUCAACCUUUCAGGAGACCUGCUGGAUAAAGACCCUUACAAUUUUGGGAGGACGACAAUAGCAAACCUACAGACGGACAAUAACCUCCUCUGGCUGCACACCAUCUUUGCUGUCAUCUACCUCAUCCUCACCGUAGGCUUCAUGCGGCACCACAUCCAGUCCAUCAAGUACAAAGCCGAGAGCCUGGUGAGACGGACCCUGUUCAUCACAGGGCUGCCCAGAGCUGCCAACAAGGAGAUGUUGGAGAGCCACUUCCGGGAUGCAUAUCCCACAUGCCAGGUGGUGGAGGUCCAACUGUGUUACAAUGUGGCCAAGCUGAUUUACCUGUGCAAGGAGAGAAAGAAGACUGAGACGAGCCUGACCUAUUACACAAACCUGCUGACGAAGACAGGCCAGCGGACCCUCAUCAACCCCAAGCCUUGUGGCCAGUUCUGCUGCUGUGAAGUACCGGGGUGUGAGCGGGAGGACGCCAUCUCUUACUACACGUGCAUGAAGAACAGGCUGCAGCUGCUGAUCGCAGAGGAAGAGUGCAGGGUUCAGUUCCAGCCCCUGGGAAUGGCCUUCGUCACCUUCCAGGAGAAGGUCAUGGCCACCUACAUCCUCAAAGACUACAAUGCCUGCAAGUGUCAGGGCCUCUGGUGCAGAGGGGAGCCCCAGCCAUCGUCGCACAGCCGAGAGCUCUGCACCUCCAAGUGGACUGUCACCUUCGCCACUUACCCCGAGGACAUCUGCUGGAAGAACCUGUCUAUCCAGGGCCUUCGCUGGUGGCUCCAGUGGCUGGGCAUCAACUUCACUCUCUUCGUGGUACUGUUUUUCCUGACCACACCUUCUAUCAUUUUGACCACCAUAGACAAGUUCAAUGUCACCAAACCCAUCCAUGAGUUGAAUAACCCUAUCAUCAGUCAGUUCUUCCCAACCCUUCUCCUGUGGUCCUUCUCAGCCCUGCUCCCUUCCAUCGUCUACUACUCCACACUGCUGGAGUCUCACUGGACCAAGUCUGGGGAAAACUGGAUCAUGAUGACCAAAGUCUACAUUUUCUUGAUCUUCAUGGUGCUGAUCCUGCCUUCUCUCGGCCUCACCAGCCUGGAUGUCUUUUUCCGCUGGCUCUUUGACAAAAAUUCCUCGGAGGGCCCUGUUCGACUGGAGUGUGUCUUCCUGCCUGACCAGGGUGCCUUCUUUGUGAACUAUGUAAUCGCCUCAGCCUUCAUUGGCAAUGGCAUGGAGCUGCUGCGGUUGCCAGGCCUCAUCCUCUACACCAUUCGCAUGAUCAUGGCCAAGACGGCUGCUGACCGACGAAACGUCAGACAGAACCAGGCUUUCGAGUAUGAGUUUGGCGCUAUGUACGCGUGGAUGCUGUGUGUCUUCACCGUCAUCAUGGCCUAUAGCAUCACCUGCCCCAUCAUUGCGCCAUUUGGCCUCAUCUACAUCCUGCUCAAGCACAUGGUGGACCGGCACAACCUCUACUUUGUCUACCUUCCUGCCAAGCUGGAGAAGAAGAUCCACUUCGCUGCUGUGAACCAGGCCUUGGCAGCUCCCAUCCUGUGCCUUUUCUGGCUCUUCUUCUUCUCCUUCCUGCGCUUGGGUCUGAUGGCCCCCACCACCCUGUUCACCUUCUUGGUGGUACUGCUCACCAUCCUGAUCUGCCUAUCCUACACUUGCUUUGGAUGCUUCAAACACCUCAGUCCUCUGAACUACAAGACAGAAGAAACGGCAGGUGACAAAGAAAGUGAGGCCGAAGCCCCCGCACCCCAACCAUUCACACCUUACGUGCCCCGGAUUCUGAACAGCCUGGCCUCAGAAAAGACAGCUUUGUCCCCACAGCAGCAGACCUAUGGUGCCAUUCGCAACAUCAGCGAGACUCUCCCAGGACAGUGAUUGGCCUACAGCCCUUCGGACAGUGUGGCUGCUGAUGACCAAGAAGCCUGA